AUGAACGCAAUUCCAAUUCCCCUACCAACCCAACGCUCACUCUCCUCCGCCCCCAUCGACAUGCAGUCCCCAUUCAGUUACUCAGACUCAUACUCUUCCUCCUAUUCUUCCUCACCAGGAGGCAUGGACUUCUUCUUCUACGGCGGCCAGCCCGUCUACGAUUCCCUCUGCGACCUCGACGCAACCAGUCCCUUCCCCAUGCAAGAGGUCGCCCCAGAGCUCUACAGCAUCACCAGCUCGCCCUAUACCUACCAGAGACCACAUGACUACCCAGUCAACGACCGACCCGUUAUGCCACACAGCGCACCCAGCAGCUGUGGCAGCAGCUACAGCAGUAGCUACAGCAGCAGCUUCAAUUUCCCUUCCGAAGACAUCGCCCUACCAACCUACCCCAUCAGCGAAUAUGAAUCCAGUGCCGACUCACCAGCGCCGCAGACAUCCAAGCCCGUUAAGCCCUUCGGCUGCGACCACUGCGGCAAGUCAUUCACCCGCUUCGCAGACUUGAAACGCCACCAGUCCAGCGUCCACUACCCUGUCUUCCGCAACUGCCCCGUCGAGCACUGCUCGCGAAAGGGUAGCAAUGGCUUCCCGCGGCAGGACCACCUCGUCGAGCACCUGCGCUCGUAUCACCACCUGGACGUGCCGAAGCGCGGUUCUUGCAAGCGGUCCGCAAAGCAGAUAUCAUGA